UGCUGCCUCAUUGUGCAGUUGGGGAGGAAUCAGCUUGUUUGUUAACUGAAGGUAAACUGGGAGAGAUGGGAGCAACCUGGAUCUCAUGGAGAACCACUACAACUGUCAUCAUUACUAUACUACAAAUCCAAGCUCUGAUCAGUGUCAAAACCACAGCUUUUACCCGUGUGGAAGGCCAGGACUUUGAAUUCAGAUGCGAAUAUAAAGACGGCCAGCAGAACAAUACUAAGUACUUCUGCUAUGAUGACAAUGAUGACAAAAUGUCCUUCGUCUCCCUGAUACGGACACAAAAGCACAACCACUGGGAUAAAAGUGGACGUUUCACUCUGUACGACAACACCACCGGCGCCUUCUUUGUCGUCAGGGUGGACAGCCUCACCUCAGAGGACAGCGGGAUGUACCGGUGUGGGGUGGAUGUUAGCAGUAACCCUGAUCAUGUCAGUUUCAUACAACUGAAUGUUUCCCGAGUUACUGAAUCACCCAUCAUCAUUCUGGAGGACCCCACAGUUGACAAACUCCACCUGUCGCUGUUCAUGACUGCAGCGAUGUGUACGGCAGCAAUGCUGUUUAUAUGUCUGUUCACGCUUUGUCUUCUGCUGGCUGUUAAACACCGUAGACCUGUCCCACGGCAGAAUAGAGAGCCUUCAUCCGACUAUGAGACAAUGAUGCCUGGUGUAAGAAUUGAACCUGAACUGCGCUCCAGCUCUUCGGCUCCAGACUGCGCUGAUCUUUCUGCUUUAUCACUGCCACCACCACCUGACCUCUGCUCUCACUUCACAUCUAAGCAUCGGGAGUCCACUGUCACUCUCGGCCUCGGUGAAUAUGUUGAUGUGGAUGUACCAAAGCACAUCAACCAGUACCAACAUCUGGAUCUCGGCCAGCUAGAGGAGCACGUCUAUCACAGCCUCAAUGGACUCAGCCAUCCCAAAGAUGGACGUCUGGGAGUCAAAGAGCAGAUCGACUGUUGAUAGUGUUGAAGGAUAAUUCCAGGUUAAUUACGAGCGAAGGAAAGUCAGUAACUUAAUUGUAAAAUUGAAAACUAUGUUUUCUUGUUGCUGUUUUCCCAGAUCUUGGUGAGAUAUGUGUUGAUACUAUUGAUGAGAAUGAGGAUUAAAACGGCAACAUCAAGGCUGUAAUAAACCAAAAUUAUCUUUCAUUGUGAGUUGAAGGGGUGUUGGGCAAUUUGAAAGUUCGCGAUGAAGGAUCUUUAGUAGGUCAAGUAGUUAUAGUGUUAAUUAUUACUGUGUUUAAUUAGUGCUAGAGGAAAUAGUUUUUGACGGUGCAUACAGGUAUAAAAGACUGAAAAGAAAUACGAUUUUCUCUAAACUCAAGUUGUCAAGAGUUGAAGAAUUCCACGAAGAGGAGAAUACUGGUAGCUUUAAAUGCUGUCUCUCGCUUUGCUUUCUUAUAUAUUACAU